AUGAUCCUGCUAAGAAGUUCUCUUUUUAAAUUACAGAUCUCUUUAAUCACUGUCUCUGAUCUUUGGGAACUUCUUCACCACCGCCUUUCGGCUCUUCCGUUUCAGCGCCUCUUUUCCUCCUUCUUUUUUUCUUCUUCUUCUUCUUCUUCUUCUUCUUCUUCUUCUUCUUCUUCUUCUUCUUCUUCGAGAUAUUAUUAUUAUUAUUUUCCUUGCAUUCCUAUUAUAUAUACAUUUUCCUUCUAUGUAGAACAUCGAUAUUGUAUCACACGAGCAUCUUACACCAAGUGCAGACUCAAAGUUACCAGUGAUGUCCGCUACAGAAAAACAUUAUGGGGUCUGGUAAAAAAUAUAAUUGAGAAAAAUGCAGCUCAUGGCUGUUCAGAAUAUUUUCAAGCAUUAGGCCAGUUAUCCAAAGAUGAGAAAAUGAUCAAGCUAAAUGCUGACACAAUGAUAAGAAUAAUGUGUUUUGUUAAAUAUCCUCAAAAUCAGGAGGAGUGGGCUGAGUUGUUGAAGCAGCAACAAGUCUUGCAUGAAAGUGAAUUAGACCGGUGGCGAGAAAUCCUCUCAGCUGCAGUAAUUUUAGUAGACCAGGUAAAAUUAUCAUUAUCAGAAUUACAAGAUACAUUACAACGGAGACAGCAAACAAGUUGA